UCGGAGGUGGACAGCGCAGCCAUUUAUUUCUCUGACGCUAAAAAAAAACAUACAGGGGUCGGUGACGUGUGUCCAUCACGCGCAUAACUAACCCGGCGCGCGGGAGUCAUGACGUUAGCAGCACAUACCGAGGCUCAACUCAUCACCGACUGAGAUUCGCGAGCUCCAAACUUUCUCUCAAUUCAACGCCUGCGCAGACACACCGGACCCGCUCUCCUCCAUUAGGCUCAUGUUUUUGUUUCAGCCAUGGAGGGAAAUCUGCAAGAGGGCUGCAGCGACGUCGCGGUAAUGCACGUGAAAACUGAAGCGGUCGAUGAGAGCACAUCUGCGCUGGUUUUGGGCAGUCAGGAGUCGCCUGCGCCCUGCGGAGAUACCGCAUGCAGAGGGAGAGGAGGAGGAGGAGGAGGGGAUCAGACUGCAGAGGAGCUGGCUGACACGACAACUACUCCUGUACUGCUGUAUCCUGUGAGUACUGACCGCUUCUUCACCACAUCAGGGGAUGGAAAAACUUACCUGAAGAUAGCUCCAGCUUCGGCGAUGCCACCUGCUCCUUCUGAGAAGAUGCUUCCCUCCGGCUCGGAUUUCUCCUCCAAAGCCGUUUUGUGUCUGAUUGAAGCGGUCGGGCGCCGCUGGGGCCUCUAUGAGACUCGGGAGCGCUCCCAGCUCUUUCAGAGCGUCCAGGAGGAGAUGGCCUCCAAGGGGCACGUUCUUCCUGUCGAAAAGAUCCGCCGCAAGUGGAACAACCUCAUUGUCACAUAUAAGAGGGUUAAAGACCGCAGCCGGGAGACGGGACACGCUAAAACAUCCUGGGAGUUCUUCGAUCUGAUGGACGCCACACUUUGUGACACUGUUGGCACGCAGAUCGUCAACAACAAAAGAACCAAAGGCGGCAACACCGCUUCCACGUUGCCCGGUCCUUUGGCAAAGAUUGCUGCAAAACCGCAUGUUGCACAGCCCACCACCAUGAUACGACCGAAUGGGGACUUUGCUUCGACCGGCGGCGUGGACUCAGUGAGUCAGGGAGCCAUCAGCACUCAAAUCAUCACUAGCGCUGCUGCCAUUACCUCAGUGACCGCAGCCACCAUCAGCCCAACAAAUGCUCCAGAGCUCAAACCCCUGAUCGUCCUCAACAGUGACAUUGUUCCGACCAGUAUUCAUCCAGCCACCAUUGUGCCAUCUCCAUCUUUUAUCACCUCGCCUUGUUUUACAGAGACAGCUUCUACGUCCCCUUCCCUUGGCUCGAUUAGCAACGCAGACCUCAGCACAUCUCGCUACGUAGGCCGUAAAGCUCCAUCAUUCCCGUCAGGCGUCAUACCCUUCCGCCUCAGCAAUGCACCUCUUAGCAACAGUCAGAAUCUCAUCAGCCUCUCCUCGUCUUUCCCCCAUACUUCCUCCUGUCUCACUUCCUCUGUCUCCACCUCAUUAUCCGCAACAACCGUGCCGGGAACCGAGGGACAGAAAGGAAACGAGGAGCAAAGCAGCACCACGUUGCUCCAGGAGAUUGUGAAGCGACAGGAGGAGCAGGCCUACCUGGAUCGAGUGGCUCGCCGCAGGGUGGAGGCCAGAGAGAAGAGGCGCGAGAGGAGGGAGGUGCGGAUGGCAGAGUCCCUCGGCAGGAUAGCCACAGCGCUGGAGCUGCUCUCCUCCAAACAGGACACAGUCAUUGCCCUCCUGCAGAGACUGGCUGAUCGGAAGUGAAGGAUGGGGAAAGACUGGAAAAACGGGAGCUCCGUAAUCCUGAGAUCACGCGUAUGAAAACCUAUUAACACUUCUGCAAUGUAGUGACACAGCCAGAGCUCCAUAGUGCUACUGAAAAGGGUUUCACUCUCCCGAAUUUAAUGUAAAUAAAAUUUUAUAAAAUCAUACGAGCUUCUCACGAUUCUACAUUAAAGUGAAAGCCAUUUUCA